AUGGUGUGCGUCAUAAAGGAGACGAUAAACACGGGGAGGAGGGGAGAAGCUGCAGCAGCCAUCCGUGCUGGCUUUGACCCUGGAGGGCCUUGGUCUGGACACCGGAAGGAGUGGAACUCGCUGAGCACCUACUACGUGCGGGGAUCCCUCUCCAAGGCCACGCUUUCAGAAGUAAACCCCGGCAGAAGAGCCAGCGACUCACCAGCCCCGCCCCCACCCCGCGGCCGCUCGGGCGCACGCAGGACGUCUCGCCCGCCGCCUCGCGGGGUCGGAGGUCGCCCGCCCGCCCCGACCCCCACGCCCCCACCCCUCGAGCGGCCGGCCCUCGGCGCCCGGGCUCUGGCGCCAUCCCCCGGCGGCGGCGGCGGCGGCGGGCUCGGGUCUGCGCCUCCCGGAGCGGGCCGCCAGAGCCCGCCGGGGUCCCCCGCCCCACCUCGCCGAGGGCGUCGGCCGGGGCGGGCGCCUGGGGGCCCCGGGGCGGAGCCAGCCCGGCCGGCGCGGCGCAGGGAAGCCGCCGCGCGCUAUAAAAGCCGCCGCUCUGGCCGGGGCGCCGGGGAGCGGAGCGUGGCGCGGCCGGUGGGGCCGGACUGGCGGGCGCGGGAGGCGCGGGGCGUCCGGAACAGAGCGCGGCCGGCCGUGCGCGGAGCCCUUCGCUUCUCCGGCGCAGCCGCCCCUCCGCCGGCGCACGUCCCGGAGCGCGCGGGGGCCCUGGGCUGGGGCCGCCGCACCGCCCCUGCCAGCCGCGCUCACGGCCCGGGAGGCGUGCCGCCGCCGCCGUCGCCGCCCGCCGUCGCCGCCGCGGACCCGGAGGGUCGCGGGAAAACGUCGCCCGUCGGUGGCUUCGGUCAGCCCGUCCGCUCGCUGCUCUGCGUGGCUGAGUCUUGCUCCCGGGACGCUGGCUGGCGGGCGAGGGACCGCUCCGAGGGUCGGGUCGCCGGGUCCGGCCGCUCACACUGUGCACUAGCGCGUGUGCGCCUGGCCACGUUGCGCCCUGCGGCUCGGCCCCGCGCGCUCUUCCUCCUGGGCCCCCCUCCGCCUCCCGCCGCCUCUGGCUCCCGCACCCCCGGAUCGCGCUGGGCUCCCCGCGUCGCGCUGGCGCGGGAGGCGACCGGAUGGCCAGAGACCUUCUGGAAUGGACCCGGCGGCACGCAUGUGCUCUGGAGAAAGGCGCCCAGUGCGCCCGAGGUCGUCAGCCGCAGACUCUCAGCUCUCAGAGACCGCCGCCGCCGGUCCCCAAGCGUCCAGCACGGCGGCCGUCCAGGCGCGCCUCCAGCAGCCGGCUUUGAGGUCCUGAGUCUCGCUCCGCGCAGCCAGCGUUGCCCACAGCGGUCUGGAGAGGGAUGCCGGGCGCGCCCCGGGGCUGGGGACCCGCGGCUUUGCGUGCCCAGGCGCGGCGCCACCAUGGACAGCUCCCAGCCACUUCCUCCACUCCGGGUGUGCGGCCCUGGGUCUCGGGAAGCUCGACGCUGGGCGACGUGUCCCCUCCUGUCUUGGCCCCUGCAGGUCAAGGACGUGGUGGGCUAUAACUCCCUGGGCCACUGCUUCUUCACGGAGGACGGGCCGGAGGAACGCAACACCUUUGACCACUGUCUGGGCCUCCUGGUCAAGUCUGGGACCCUCCUCCCCUCCGACCGGGACAGCAAGAUGUGCAGGAUGAUCACGGAAGACUCGUACCCGGGCUACGUCCCCAAGCCCCGGCAGGACUGCAACGCAGUGUCCACCUUCUGGAUGGCCAACCCCAACAACAACCUCAUCAACUGCGCGGCCGCGGGCUCCGAGGAAACCGGAUUCUGGUUCAUUUUUCACCACGUUCCAACGGGCCCGUCGGUGGGAACGUACUCGCCAGGUUACUCCGAGCACAUCCCGCUGGGAAGGUUCCACAAUAACCGAGCACACUCCAACUACCGCGCUGGCAUGAUCAUUGACAACGGGGUCAAAACUACGGAGGCCUCUGCCAAGGACAAGCGGCCCUUCCUGUCCAUCAUCUCUGCCAGGUACAGCCCUCACCAGGAUGCCGACCCGCUGAAGCCCCGGGAGCCGGCCAUCAUCAAACACUUCACGGCCUACAAGAACCAGGACCACGGGGCCUGGCUGCGCGGCGGGGACGUGUGGCUGGACAGCUGCCGGUUCGCUGAUAAUGGCAUCGGCCUGACCCUGGCCAGCGGCGGGACCUUCCCGUAUGAUGAUGGCUCCAAGCAGGAGAUCAAGAACAGCCUGUUCGUCGGCGAGAGUGGCAACGUGGGGACGGAGAUGAUGGACAACAGGAUCUGGGGCCCCGGUGGCCUGGACCACAGCGGGAGGACCCUCCCUAUAGGCCAGAAUUUUCCGAUCCGAGGAAUUCAGUUCUAUGACGGCCCCAUCAACAUCCAGAACUGCACCUUCCGCAAGUUCGUGGCCCUGGAGGGCCGGCACACCAGUGCCCUGGCCUUCCGGCUGAACAACGCUUGGCAGAGCUGCCCCCAUAACAAUGUGACCAACAUUGCCUUUGAGGAUGUCCCGAUUACUUCCAGAGUGUUCUUCGGAGAGCCGGGGCCCUGGUUCAACCAGCUGGACAUGGAUGGGGAUAAGACGUCCGUGUUCCAUGAUGUCGACGGCUCUGUGUCCGAGUACCCGGGGUCCUACCUCACCAAGGACGACAACUGGCUGGUCCGGCACCCGGACUGCAUCAACGUCCCCGACUGGAGAGGGGCCAUCUGCAGCGGGCGCUACGCACAGAUGUACAUUCAGGCCUACAAGACCAGCAACCUACGGAUGAAGAUCAUCAAGAACGACUUCCCCAGCCGCCCCCUCCACCUGGAGGGGGCCCUGGCCCGGAGCACCCAUUACCAGCAGUACCAGCCGGUGGUCGCCCUGCAGAAGGGCUACACGGUGCACUGGGACCAGCCGGCACCCGCCGAGCUGGCCAUCUGGCUCAUCAACUUCAACAAGGGCGACUGGAUCCGAGUGGGGUUCUGCUACCCCCGCGGCACGUCCUUCUCCAUUCUCUCCGACGUGCACAACCGCCUGCUGAAGCAGACAUCCAAGACGGGCACCUUCGUGCGGACCCUCCAGAUGGACAAGGUGGAACAGAGCUUUACGGGCAGGGGCCACUACUACUGGGACGAGGACUCAGGGCUGUUGUUCCUGAAGCUGAGAGCCCAGAACGAGAGGGAGAGGUUCGCCUUCUGCUCCGUGAGAGGCUGCGAGCGAAUCAGGAUCAAGGCCCUGAUCCCCAAGAACGCGGGCGUCAGCGACUGCACGGCCACCGCCUACCCCAGGUUCGCCGAGAGAGCUGUGGUGGACGUGCCGAUGCCCAGGAAGCUCCGUGGUGCCCAGCUGAAGACAAAGGACCGCUUCCUGGAGGUGAAGAUGGAGAGUUCCAGGCAGCGUUUCUUUCACCUCCUGAGCGACGUGGCUUACAUUGAAGUGGACGGGACGAGGUACCCCAGCUCCGAGGACGGCAUCCAGAUGGUGGCGAUCGACGGCAGCCGCGGGCACGUGGUGAGCCACACGAGCUUCAGCAGCACCAUGCUGCAGGGCGUCCCAUGGCAGCUGUUCAGUCACGUGGCGGCCAUCCCCGACAACUCCAUUGUGCUCGUGGUGUCGAAGGGACGAUACACUUCCAGGGGCCUGUGGACCAGAGUGCUGGAAAAGCUCGGCGCAGAUAAGAGCCUCAGGUUGAAAGAGAAAAUGGCGUUCGUUGGCUUCAAAGGGAGCUUCCGGCCCACCUGGGUGACUCUGGACACCGAGGACCACGGUGCCAAAAUCUUCCAAGUGGUGCCCAUCCCCGUGGUGAGGAAGAAGAAACUGUGAGGACGCCAGCCACCUCGUGUCGCUCCGCAGUGGACGGUGGACUCUUGGCCGCGGGCCAGGCG